GAGAUACCCAUUCUGUGCAACUCCAAAAGCCGUGAAAAUCAACGGGGAAUUAUUUUGGAUUUUAUGAAAAAUACUGGGAGGAAUAAGGACCAUAGGGGCGCCACCAGGAGGCCACAAGCCUGCCAGGCCCGACCUACCCGUCUGGCCGGGCCUGGGUGGCUUGUGGGCCCCUGUUGCCCCUCUGGCGCUCAUAUUUUGUUAUAUGGAGGGUUUCUUCCCAGAAAAAACCAUAAGGGAGCUGUCGGGAGGAGCCGCCGCCGCCACGAGGCGGAACUUGAGCAGAACCAAUCUAGAGCUCCGGCAGGACGAUCCUACCGGGGAAACUUCCCUCCCGGAGGGGGAAAUCAUCGCCAUCGUCAUCACCAACACUCCUCUCAUCGGAGGGGACUCAUAUCCAUCAACAUCUUCAUCAGCACCAUCUCCUCUCCAAACCCUAGUUCAUCUCUUGUAACUAAUCUCCGUCUCACGACUCCGAUUGCUACUUGUAAGGUUGCUAGUAGUGUUAAUUACUCUUUGUAG